AUGGCCGCCAGAAACACCCUCCGUCGCGCCCUUCUCUACAUCCCGGGCUCCUCCCAACGCUUCAUCGAUAAAUCCCGCACUCUAACCGCCGACUGCGUGGCCUACGAUCUCGAAGACAGCGUAACUCCGCACAAGAAAGCGGAAGCUCGGUCCCUGGUGCGGAGAGCACUCGACGAGCCCGCACCGCAGGGAAUCCGCGAACGAGCCGUACGAAUCAACUCCGUGGACAGCGGCCUCGCCCUAGGAGAUCUCACCGAAGUGCUCAAAUCUCCCAAUCUCACAACAAUCGUGAUCCCCAAAGUCAACACCCCCUCGGACCUUACUUUCGUGAACGAUGUCAUCACGCACACUCUCUCCCAACAACAACAACAGGAUCCUUCCACCCCGAGACCUCCAAUCUCCCUCCUCGCUCUAGUCGAGUCCGCCAAAUCCCUCACAAACCUCACCCAAAUCUGCGCCUCCACGCCCCUCCUGCAGGGCCUCAUUUUCGCGGCCGAAGACUUCGCACUCGACCUCAGCAUCACCCGUACCCCGUCAUUAACUGAAUUCCUCUUCGCAAGGUCUAUGAUUGCUACGGCUGCUCGCGCUGCGAACCUUCCCUCUACUAUUGAUUUGGUCUGCACAGCGUACAAAUCUACCAAGGGGGACGGGUCCCCGCCUGCGGUGCUGGAGGAGGAAUGUCGCGAUGGGAGACGGCUAGGGUUCAAUGGGAAGCAGUGUAUUCAUCCGUCGCAGGUGGAGACGGCGCAGGCGAUCUUUGGACCGGAUCCGGAAGAAGUUAAGUGGGCUGUGAGGGUGUGUGUGGCGGAUGAGAAGGCUGCGAGAGCGGGACGGGGUGCGUGGACGCUUGAUGGGAAAAUGAUUGAUGUGCCGGUGGCGGAGAAGGCCAGGGCGGUGGUUAGGAAGGCGGAGGCGUGUGGAUUUGAUGUUGGGAAGUUGAGGGAGGAGUGGGGGCAUCAGGAACCGGAGUGA